UUCAUCAUUUACAAAAUCCUCUUUCAUCUCCUUCUUCCAGUAGCUUAGGGCGAAAAUGGCAGCUUCAGCUUCUCUAUCUAACCUAUUCUCUCUCUACAGUCACCGAAGCGUCUCCUGCCCCUCUCCAUCCUCAAAAACCUCAUACCAUUUGCUUCUUCGACCCACAACCACUCCUGCUCUCAAGGCGUGCAGCCAAUUGGGGAAUCCCAGAUUUGGUAACAAAGGGUUUAGGAAGGAAACGCGUUCUUCACUCAAUCCUGAUUCAGAGGCAUACAAUGAAGACGAAUCUAGUUCAGAGAGAGCAGCAAGUAAAAAGUCUCGACCCGAUAUGAAGUCGCUCAUGCAGUUGUACAAGGAAGCUAUUGCAUAUGGAGAUGCACGGGCCAUAUAUGAGAUAGAAAAUAUUCUGUUUAGAAUAGAUGAAGAGAGAAUUGAGCUGGUGGAACAGGUUGAAGCCUUGUCUGCGGAGGUAUCUUCAGGAAAGGAAAAAAUUCUACGAUUGCAGGCUGAUUUUGACAAUUAUAGGAAAAGAUCGGAAAAGGAAAGAGCAUCAGUUAGGAGUGAUGCCCAAGGAGAAGUAAUAGAAAGCCUCUUGUCAAUGGUUGACAGUUUUGAGAGAGCCAAGCAACAGCUGAAGAUAGAGACUGAGAUGGAGAAGAAAAUUGACACAAGUUAUCAAGGUAUAUACAAGCAGUUUGUAGAGAUUAUGAGAAGCUUGCGUGUUGCAGCUGUCCCUACCGUGGGAAAGCCAUUUGAUCCUUCGAUGCACGAGGCUAUUGCACGUGAGGAGUCACAUGAGUUCAAGGAAGGGAUCGUCACUCAAGAAUUUCGCAGAGGCUUCUCUAUAGGUGACCGGCUAAUAAGGCCGGCCAUGGUUAAGGUCUCAACUGGACCUGGCAGGAAAAAAACUCUUUCCGAGCAGCAGCCUUCAGUUGCUAGAGUUGACAACCGAUAGUUUAAAGAAAUAUCAUUCAGAAGCAUUCUCUUUACAUAUUUGAGAAUCAAUCUUGUACGCUCUUCAUAUAGGGAGGAAAAAACAUUGAUCAACAAUUACACCUUGGAACGAAAAUGGGUAAAGUAAACGAAGACUUGUGAAUGCUGCUUGUUUAAACAAGAAGAGUCUUCAUCUAAUUUGGCAUAUAGUCUGCUGAGAUUUACUGUUUGAGAGUUUGUAGUUGAAUUGAUUUGAACAAAUGUAUGCUUACUUGAUUUUGGGAAAAAAACAUGCCAAACUCAUAAUACAAAUGAGACAAGAUUCAUCUUUUU